CAGUACAUGGUAACUCUGUCAGCUUCUGGCUAUCCCAAUAAUGAAAACAGAAGCUAAGGAUGGAGAAGAGGAAAGCCUGCAGACAGCAUUCAAAAAGCUAAGAGUUGACACAGCUGGAUCUACUGCUUCUCUCCCUGUGGGUGAAGGGACAAGUCCUAGAGCACUAGUUAGAACAGUGGCAGAUGAAACCAAACCUAAGAAUGUGUGUACUUCUAAAGAAACCUGGCACGGGUGUAUGAAGAAGCCCUCAAGAGGAGUUGUGAGAACACAGCGUCGCAGGCGUUCCAAGUCUCCAGUUCUUCAUCCUCCAAAGUUUAUCCAUUGCAGCACAAAAUCCCAUUCCAUGUGCAACCAGCUAGUGCACAAGAGCCAGACUGAUGCCCCAGAAGACAGCACUGGGUUUGGGAUGCCAGUCCCAAAGGAGGCUUGUGCACACGAACGAUGCAGCGUUGCUCCUGAUGUUGGCCAGAAGGGAGCUGAUACUGAGUCUUUGGGAACUUCUGUUACGCAGUCAGAGUCCGAGAACAAACAGGAGAGCUCCCCAGCUGCUGUUUCUGUACUAUCCAAAGCAAGCCUAAAGACUACGGAGCUUUCUGACUUUCAAUCUAUGUCCAAGCUGAACAUGAAUAAGCCGUGUGCGUGUGCAGAUAAAGCCUGUCAGUGUAAACGAUGGCAAGAUAUGGAAGUGUACAAAUUCUCUGGCUUGCAGAACACCCUCCCGUUGGCACCUAAUAGAAGAACAGUUUCUGAGGAUCACUCCCAGUCUUUGCCAUCAAGAACUCCUUCAAGUUCUCCACGCUCUUGCUCUGAGCAAGCCAGGGCCUUUGUGGAUGAUGUGACUAUUGAAGAUCUUUCGGGAUACAUGGAAUAUUACUUGUAUAUUCCAAAGAAAAUGUCUCACAUGGCAGAAAUGAUGUACACCUGACGGCAACGAGUGCUAAAAACAGGAGGGUGGGUGGUUUAAAUCUGCCCUCUGUCGCAUUCAUGUGAGAUGCAAUCCUCUCCCUGCUCACUGUGCUUGCAAUAAAAACACCUUUUUGC